AUGGAAGAAGAUGCUGUCACUGCGCAGCCCACACUAAGUUCAACUGCGUCCGUGGGACAGCGGAGAUCACUUCGGACUGAGGUGCGACCCGAGCUGCUUCGCGGGGUCCCGUUACACGUGGCUUUGUCCAACUGGGGCCGACAUUGGAGGGCCCCUGAUCAAGGCAUGUUCAAUGUGAACCCCAAGAACUACCAGCUCAGUCGGCCCACGAAAGCCUACGACGCAUUCCUGAGCCACGACUGGGCCUCAUCCCGCUGGCUGAAGUUCGUAUCCUUGCUCAUGAUUUUCAACUCAGGACCUGCCUUCGCCAUCUCAUUCCUGGUGAGCGUGUUGGUGGGCACACUGCGAGCAUAUCGAGUGAUCCCAGACCAGGCAUGGACAUUGUCGGUUAUCUACGUGGUCUACUUUACUAUCUUUUUGUUCUGGCAGCGCAUACGGGCCAUCUUAUGCCGACCCCUCGUCGUCUUCUUGGACAAGCUUUGCGUGGCGCAGCACGACGAGGAUUUGAAGCAGGAGGGCAUUCAGAGCCUUGGUGCCUUCCUUCUGAGCUCCCGGGAACUGGUCGUGCUGCUCAGCCCUCAGUACCUGUCGCGCCUCUGGUGCGUUUUCGAGAUCUCAACAUUCUUACGAGAUAAGGCCUCCUUGAAAAGACUCCGUAUCAUUCCACAGAAGACAACCCUACUGCUGCUGAUGGUGGCUGGGUGCUGGCACUUGCUGGCAAGCUACUACUUCUCUCUGAUCCGGUAUGGUGUUCUUAGCACCUGGGGAGAAGACGCCGACGCGGUCAGCGGGUUGACCAUGACAGCGGCCAUGUUGGGUUUCUGUUCUCUGCUUGUUCCGCUGUCCUUCUACGUUGGCAUAGGGCUGGUUUCUGAGCUUCAAGAGGUACCAAGGCAACUCCAUAGCUUCCGUGUCCAGGAUUCGAAGUGCUACUGUUGCAGUCACUCACACGUGCACCCUCGCAGCAGUGAGCCACUCCCCUGUGAUCGCCAGCUCGUGUACGAGGCCAUCCAAGAUUGGUGGGUGGCUGCAAAAGAAGACGGGCCUGAUCCGCACUUGGAGAGGUUCAACGCAUCGGUCCGCCAGCGUGUGGCCCCCAAGAUUGCGAACGGAAUGGGAAUCGGCUUGCCGUUUCAAUAUGUUGUCUACACGGCCGUCUUUUGCAUAGUUCCUUGGCUGGCAGACUUCAUCGCGCUGUGGGCCGAGACCAUUGACCAGCGUCCUGUCAUCUCUAUCUGGACCUUGAGACACUUUGUCACAUGGGGCAUUGUCGGCUUGGCCCUGCUCUUUGCGCUGAGGGUCUGUAUUUGGCUCUGGACUUUAGGCUCCCUGAUCGAGAAGCGCUUGUCCUCUCGCUGGUUGGCCGUCUUCAUUGUCACGCCGCUCUCUUUUCUUGGUGUUUGCUCAUUGUGGCUGCCCCUGGGAAUCAGCCUAGCAGUGACAAGCGAAGACAAUCCUCUGCCAGUGAUCAUCUUCUUGGCUGGCGCAGCACUCACGGCCUUCGUCUGGCACAUCCAGAGACCGGAUCCAUCCCUAGAGCCAUCACAUUGCUCGGCUUCCACUCAAAGCAGGGAUGAUGAUGACAACACUUUCUCAAUGUAG